AUGGGUUCCAGCGCUAAGAAGAAGCGUGAGAAGAAGAAAGAUUUUCAGCAGAAGCAGAAAUUGAAAGUCGGGAAAGCAAGACCCAAAGCUGAUAACCAUACAGAUACCAGCUUCAGGUCUAAAGCUAUCGUGUUAAAUCAACAGCUGGACGUCAAUGCCCCAAGUCAGGCGUCUGUUUUCCUGCAUCAGGUUUCCCUUCUGAGUUCUCGAGCCGAUACUCAACGUCACGAUGCCUUGGCCUAUUUGACGACGCACGUCGCUGCGACACCGGCCGGGAAUGCGCUCCCAAUUACCAUGAACAAUUUCCUUACUAGUCUCUGUCCUUUAAUGCUCGACGGCUCGGCAGCGGUAAGGACACAACUUCUCAAGCUCUUCCAAACAUUGCCGAAGGAAGAUGUCAAGGACAACGUCGCAAAGAUACUUCCAUAUAUGCGAGCCGGCAUGACUCAUCUGUCCAAGGACAUCCGCAUAUCUGCUAUCGAAUUUCUGUCCUGUCUGAUCGAGUUGGCGGGAGCCGAGUUGGUCUCUUGCCCAGGCGGGUGGUAUCAAACGCUGGGAUGUUUUUUAUCCAUUCUUGACUGGAAAUCGUCUGAUGCAAGUAAAUGGACGUCUGGUAAGGCGGGUUUCAGUGGUGACCCAAAAUCGACGGCACGAAUUAUGCAAGUCUUGGCUGCAUUUCUUCAGCAAGGGCUCUCAAAUGAUGGGUCCACACUAUCUGGACCGAACCCUAUGGCGAUAGAAUUUCCACUGUGGCAGACGGGAUGUGUAAUGAUACCUCGAAAAUCAAACCCUUACGGCUACCUAAACCUUUUCGGGGUCCAACUGGACGACGAAAAGCAGACUCUCGACGACCGAGAAGACAGACUUCGAGUUUACAACAGUCACUUCCAACCGCUCAUCGUUGCUGGUAUUGACAUCGCAAAGAAAGAGGGAGGCGAGCUUGGACGCGCUUCGGGCCUUUUGGUCAAGACACUUGAGCGCGCUAUGAACAAAUGA